AUGGCAUUCGCCAAAUCACUCAAGUCAGACCCUCUGGGCAUGGUGGAUACUCGAUUGAUGAUGACGGACUCACCAAUGGAUGGUUUCUUUUCACCUCUCUUUGCGCCAUUCACCGGGCUUGAUGGAACUGACGAAAGACAACCAAGCAGCCGCCAGCCAGAAGCAGAAGCAAGCCCGAAGCAAGCUCACGGAAGCGUCGAAUUUCGCGAGUCUUUCCGUGGUUUCGAUUCCAGCCGAAAAUGUCCUCGACUUGAGUUGGAUGUCGCUGUGGAUAAGUACCACGCUCUUGACGGUCUCACUGAACCAUUGAAUCCCCAAAACACCCCCGCAUCAAAUAGCGAACGAGGGAGCAUAGAGGAAUCUACUGAGUCGCUUCGAUGCUAUAAAAUGGAGAACGUACAGACGAGUCCUGCGCCUGGGACGGGGGAGUUCAAUUUCGAUUGCUUCCAAGAUUCGCCAGAGGCAAGCUUUGUUUAUCAAGACGACGGAAGUGAAUCUCCUAAACCCUCAAAGUUGCGACGCCUUUCGGUUGGCCGCCGACAGUGGAUCAAACCUCCUGUUACUGCCCUGGCGAAUCGUCAGCCAAGCAUGAAUGCCGGUGACUUCAAGAAAUCCAGCAAUUCUGGUCCACUACCGCGAUGCGUUCGAUUUUCUCCUCCUGCGGCCUCUCUGUCUUCGCCUUCUCGUGCGACACGUCGUCCCCUACCUUCGAUUGAAAGAAGACAGGAUUAUGUUGCUUUUCAUCGACAGAAGAAACAACACCGGAAAUGGAAGAUCACUGGUCGCGCGAACUCUCGAAAAAGCUCACCAUGCAACAUCCCUACAAAAAGAAUCAUCCCAAAGAACCAUGAUCUGCGUGACUCGUCUCUUUGCAGCUUAACCUAUCGUGAAACAGGUCAAACAACUCUCCCCGCUCGUGUUGGCUCGGGUAGUGAUGCCCGGGAAGUGAGAGCCGGCAAUGUGGGCGACACUCCUGUUGCAGAUGACUCGAAAAUAACGGGUAACACCGAGCAGAACAUCCCUGCAUUUCUUGCUGUUUCGUUUUCGCUUUACAGAACCAGACCUGCGCCUAGCUCAUCCAUUGAGAAAGCAUCAAAGUACGCAUUCAAAUUUCGAAUGACUCGAACUGAUCUCCCUCAGCAACCUUCUCCGCAUUUCCCUACCGAAUUUGAAAACAUCACUUGCCACCCGAUCAUUGAUGACUUGCUAUUACACACUUGCUUCAUCAUCCCGGCGCGGGUUGUACUACUACCUCUCAAUGUCAUCUUCGUUGCAACAUACCCAUUGACAAACACCCGGGUCGGCGUUGUAAUGCUCUACCUUGCCAGAGCUUUACUGUAUCUACUGACGAGAACCAUCCUUCUUGUGUUGUCCAAGUGCGGAGUGUCUUGUGGCUGUCAGUGGAACCCGGACACGGCCAUUCGGACUCAGUAG